GGAGCGCGCAAUGAAUUCUCUUCUAACUCAAACGCGAGGAGAAAACAGCGUCUGGACUGCUCAGCAUCGCGCGGACUCUAAAAUGUAUCAUCUGCCGUCUGGUAACAAAAACAGCAGUGUUUUCCAGCGGGAUGUAAAAGGCUACAUCAUGUUUUGGGAUAAUUUAGCAUCUGAGCACUAAAUAUUCUCAUUAAAUAUCAUUCAAAGUGCCGUGUUGACUGAAAUCCGCGCGAGCCUUGGGAAUAUUGCUUACAGGUGCUGACAAUGGCAACCAAAUACCUGAUGCUUCUUGCCUUGGGGACUGCAGUGAUUGGCAGUGCGCACUGUUGCCCUGAGCAGUGUACUUGCUCUGAUAAAUUUAACCAUCAGUUUGCAGACUGUGCCUACAAAAGCCUUCUGGAAGUACCUGUGGGCUUGCCAUCUAACGUGACCACCCUGAGUCUUUCAGCAAAUAAAAUUAAAGUGCUAAAAUGGAAAACCUUUAUAAAUGUGACCCAGGUGACCUCUCUUUGGUUGGCCCACAAUGAAAUUGUGACCGUCGAGAGGGGCACUUUAGUCCCAAUGAUUCAGCUGAGGAAUUUGGAUAUUAGCCACAACCAAAUUGUUCAUUUUCCAUGGGAGGACUUGGCCAAUCUCACUGCCCUGCAGUUGUUGAAGAUGAACAACAAUGAGAUGAUCAGUAUACCCAAGAAUGCUUUCACCAACCUUAAAGACCUGCGAUCGGUCCGUAUUAACAAUAACAAGUUCACCACUAUUGUGCAGGGAACAUUUGAUGCUCUGACUGCCAUGUCUCACCUCCAAAUCUUCCACAACCCCUUCACCUGCUCUUGCAACCUUGAGUGGCUUAGGGACUGGAUCGGCAAAUCCUCAAUCUCCAUUCCUGACCAAAACAACAUUAUUUGUGAAGCUCCGGCCCACCUCAGAGGCACUAAGGUCACUAGCAUGCCCAAACUUGAUUGCACAGCCCCAUCUGUGUCCAUCAUAUACCAGCCGAAUAUUGAAAACACAGAACUCUAUGAGGGAUACAUGGUCAUCCUGAACUGUGAAACAAAAGGAAAUCCAAAACCUGAGGUCACAUGGGAGAUAUUUGCAGGAAACCAACUAAUUACGUUCCCUUUGCCCGCCAUAGUUGAAAGAAGUGAGAUCCCCAUUAAUGGGCCACCAACGAACACCAGGUACCUAGUGUUUCAAAAUGGCACCUUGAUCAUUCCUCGCAUGACCAAAAAGGAAGAUGGAAACUACACUUGCUCGGCUGCCAAUGAGGUGGGCAAAGCAUAUCGCUCUGUGAAACUUGUUGUCGCAGGUACCAAAAAGCAUGCCAUCAAUUCAAUGCUUGACACAAAAGCAGCCAGCCAUUUACCUGGAGACAAGCUUGGUUCUAAGAGCUCCAAAAACAGUGUGAUCAAUGUGUGGCCCAAAUCUGAGGAGAAAACAAAGAGUGUUCCAACUGGAACAUCCCUCAUUACAGUGGAUAAAGAACAAGUGGACGAAGGGACAGAUACGCUGCCAUUCAUUGGCAAAUGCGGCAUAAAUGAUGGUACCCAGUACAUCUCCAAUCAUGCUUUUAACCUUAGCUUGGACGAACUUAAACAGUACACAUUUGAUUUUGGGGUUAUUGCACUGGAGGUUUCAGAGACUGAAGCCAAAGUUCAGCUGAACCCUUUCCAGAUGGCUAACGCCAAAUCAAACAUUCAUCUCAGUCAACAACAAGACCUGCAAACUGUGAAUAAGGAGCCUUUUAGUCUAUUCCAGACAUCCAACAAAAAAUCCCCCCUGGACAUGUUGUACCUUUGCGUCAGUACUGGUAAUGGACAUUCAGUGGUGCAGUGGUCCAAGAUAGAGGAGGGCGUCAAUGCCUAUCGCUUCCAGGGCCUCAAGCCAGGUACUAAUUACACCCUAUGCCUCACCUAUGGAGGCCAGGACUGCCAAGUCCAAGUGGUCUUCACAACUAGAAAGAAAAUCCCAUCUUUGCUAAUCAUAGUGGUUGUUAGCAUCUUCUUGCUAGCUUUGGCAACUGUGCCCCUGCUGGGUGCCACCUGCUGUCACUUGCUCUACAAGUAUCAAGGCAAGACCUACAAGUUGAUUAUGAAGACACAGAACCCGGAUCAGAUGGAAAAGCAAAUAGCAGUGGAUUUCGAUCCCAGGGCGUCUUUUGUCGGGUCAGACAAAAACUUUAACCUGAGCGAGUUGGGGGAGGGAGAAGGCGAGGUUGAGGGUGAGGAGGGAGAUGGGGAAGGUGAGGAAGUUGAGGGUAGUGUGGUGACUGAGUCCAUUCCCGAGUCACAAUCCAAAACGCAGGAAGAGUUCGAGGUGGGAUCCGAGUACAGCGAUAGGUUACCGCUUGGAGCAGAAGCGGUAAACAUAUCUCCGGAGAUCAAUGGUAAUUACAAAGAGCCCCGUUGAGAUGUUUAGUAACGGCGUGUGUAAAAAUUUACUCUAAAACACAUUACAAACCAGGUGGCUACUGGUCAUCUCACGUUAUAUAAACGUGUGCUGACAAAGGUGCAUUUGUUGCUCAUUUUUACCUCAGUAAGUUAGCAGUAAGCGUAUACGAUAAGUGUUCAUUUACAAAAAACAUCUCCGAUAUGUCAGUUUUAGAUCUUCUCAUCUGGAAAGCAUCACAAUCUAAUUAACAUCUGCUAAACAUCUUAAAAAGAUCAGAUUUACAAACAUUCUAAAUCAUAAACGUCUCAAAGACAUCUGAUGAAUGUCUUACUGACAUCCGAGACACACUUAUUGACAUACGUCUUAUAGACAUAUUGCAGAUGAGCAAACAACGUAAAAAAAAAAAAAUAAUAAUUUUCCAGAUGUAAACACACACACACACACACAUACACACACACACCAAAUAGAGGUUUGGGUGAUGUACGGGUGUUUUCAGGGAACAUACAGUUCAUUUUUAUCAAGUCAAGUUUUAUCACUGAUACCACCCAUACACUGUCUAUUUGAUGUGUGUGUUUACAUCUGGAAGACGUAUUUUUACGUCGUUUGCUCAUCUGCAAUAAGACGUAUGUCAUUAAGUGUGUCUCGGAUGUCAAUAAGACAUUUAUCAGAUGUCUUUGAGACGUUUAUGAUUUAGAAUGUUUGUAAAUCUGAUCUUUUUAAGAUGUUUAGCAGAUGUUAAUUAGAUUGACAUCACGGAGAUGUACUUGUGCUGUCUGGGAUCACUCUCGUAUCGUAAGCGUUCAUAGUCUCAAAGUAACAUAUAUUUGAAAUCAUACAGGGCUUUCGUAAGGGGCCGUUCAUCCCGAACGCAUUAUUGCGUUCAGCUGUUUUUCAACUGCUUUUCUAUGUAACCAUGCGCUAGACUUUUUUGACCGCUUUUGUUUUUUUUUUUUUUUACUUUUGACCGUUGCGCCGUGUCUCGCUGUUUUUUUUUUUUUUUUUUUUUUUUAACGUCUCGCGCAGGAACGCCGCGUCAUUAAAAAAACUUCAUCCGUCAAAACGGCAUCACGAGACACCUGCGUUCUGCUCUAUUCAUGGCGCUGCGUCUAGCUUAUUAUAUAAGCGGCUGUUCACAACAAACUGGGUUUUGUUACCGUGCGCGCUGUUUUUCAUUGUUUUUAUACGUAAACCAGAGCUGGACGGACAUCUUUAACCAUUGCGCGGCGUCUUAUUAUUAUUAUUUUUCUGCGUCUAUUGCAGGAGCGCCGCUUUUAAACACUGUCAAGUUCAAAAUAACUUAAACUGUUAAAACGCGUAUCGAGAAUCCUGCGUCCUGUUCUUUUUUUGCACUGCGUCUAGCUUCUUCUUUUUUUCCUUUUUUUGCGCAAAGACCUGUUCGGUGUGAACAGCCCCUUAUACUUUAUAGUGGAUAUGGAGCGUCCGUUUAAGCGGGAUUCAAUGCGUUGCGUUAAUUUCUGAGGGAAAUAUCACCUUGUUCUUCUUACAGCAUUUGUGUGUCUGGAAAAUAAACCAGGUCACCUUAAAAAAAAAAAAAAAAAAAAAAAAAAAAGGAUAAGUGUAAUGUGGAGAUCCCCAAAAAUGUGUGAUUUUUAAUCUCUUUGCGAACGGGUGCUUAAAAAAAAUCUCACGCCUUUACGAAUUGACUGAACGUGUCCUUUCUUCUCUUUGAGAUAGCCUACUUGUUCGUGGCAUGUCACACAAAAGUAUUUUCAAGUGUGUUUUAUUAGGGAAUAGACUGUAUAUAUUUAAUGUUUGUGAUGUAAGCCAAGUAACUAAUCUGAAAAGAUGUUCUUUUUUUAUAUAAAUAUAAACGGUCAGUUUCCACCAUCAGUCAAUACGACAUCGAGUGCCCAGUACAUUGACGCAUGGUGACUUGUUUUGUGUCCAACUGUCCAAUGAUGUUGUAAAAAUACUUAAACCUCUGAAAGAUUUUGAUAUGAUUUUAUGUACGUGACCUUAAUAAAACACUGAACGAACGAA